AUGGCAUCUAAUCCGGCAUUGAAAUGGGAGCAACUGGCGGGCAAGUUCUACUCCACCCACGAGUACGACUAUGAGCUGGAACGAGACGGACGGGAAAUCGACUUUGAUUCGUCGGUGGUGGCUCUGGCACCUGGAGGAGGAGCGGUGGCGGUCACCGACGACGAGCACAAGCUCGUGGCCAUGGGAAACGCAGCUCGUCAAAUGUCGAUAGGUGUGUUUUCGGGCUCGGGAAACCUGAUUCGACGUCUGCCAUGGGACAUGGGGCGUAUCCGAGGCCUAGGAUGGACCACUGAGGGGGAGAAGCUGGUGGUCGUGAGCGACCAGGGCUCGGUGCGGGUCUACUACGACUUCCAUGGCAACUUCAACCAGUUCAGUCUCGGUCUGGACGCUGAGACCGCUGGAGUCAAGGAAACCAAGUUUUGGAACAGCGGUUUUGUGUGUCUGCUCAACAAUGGCCAAUUUAUUGGCGUACUCAGAGCCCAUUCCGAGUCUCCAGUACCCCGCAAACUAGCCGAGCCCGUGACGGAAAAAAUCCACUCGUGGUGCAUCAUCCCCCCAGAAGUCAGCAUGAGCCGAGGAGUGGAGGUGGUGGCGUCAACAGAACAGGGACUGAUGACUCUGGACUCGCUGGACUCCAGCACAAAGAAGUUUGACAAAAAGGCUGAGGUCCAGCCGGUGUUCAAUGGCCUGACUGUCUCUCCCAGCGGCCACCAUAUGGCUCUGGUAGGAAACACUCACGUAACAAUGGGAGACGUUUCACUGGACAGAAUCUACGGCAAGUACGAGCUCGAGGAAAAUGUGGACCAGCCGAUCAGAACACUAUGUUGGCUGGGAGAGGACGCUGUCGCUAUUUCCUUUGGCGACGAAGUAUCUCUGGUUGGCCGGGAGAACGGCUCUCAGCUCACCCUGUAUUACAACGGGGACGGAGCGGUGGAGAUCCGAGGAGAAGACGAUGGCAGCAUCCGAAUUAUGGGAAACAACUCGCAUCACUUGUUUUCCCGAGUCUGCGACGCUGCAUUAUCCAUCUUUCGAAUUGGAUCGGUAGCCCCAGCAGCCAUUCUUCUCGACUGUGUGACCCACCUCGAUAAGCAGUCUCCUAGAGCUUGGGAGAACCUGGAAAUCAUUGGCCCAGAUCUCCAAACAGCCGUCGACAACUGUAUUCUUGCUGCUGGAAAUGAAGAUUCUCCAAGUUUGCAGAAACGGUUGCUUCGGGCGGCUGCCUUUGGAAAGUCAGCUCUGGACAUUUACAACAGCGAGAGAUUCGUGCAGGUGUGCGAUGAUCUGCGUGUUCUUAACUCUGUGCGGCAGUCGGAGGUUGGUCUUUGUCUCAGCUACCAACAGUACAAACUGCUAGGUCCCAAGAAACUCAUUCAGCGAUUGCUUCUACGAAGCCUGCACCAGUUGUGUUUCAACAUUGCUGAUGUGCUAAAGUACCCUGUUUCAGCCAUCGAGGUUAACUGGGCCUGUUCAAAGAUCUUUCACUCUCCCGAGUCCACCGACGAAGAGCUCUACAAAGCGAUCAUGAACCGGCUUAAGGACCGCCGAGGCGUUUCAUUCUGCGAAAUUGCGCGCCAGGCAGCUCAAGACGGACGAGUACGACUAGCCACCCAACUUACUGAGCAGGAAAAAGAUGCGUACAAGCAGGUUCCCUUAUUGAUGGAACUGGGAGACGACCGACUUGCCCUAGAAAAGGCUGUGGAAUGCCGAUCUUACGAUCUCAUCACUCUGGUCCAGCUGCAUUUACAAGAUACUCUGUCUAUGGCACAGCUCUACAAGCUUAUUCGGGAGUUUCCCAUUGCGUCACAUGUGUACGAAAACAAUGCCAAGGUCAACAGCAAGGAGGCUCUCGAGCAGUACUAUUACCAGUCUGAUCGACAGACCGACUCGGCCAAUUGUGUCUAUCUCAACGCCCUAGGCCAGAACCUCAACUCCGAGAAACUCGAGGGCUUUAGAAAGGCUGCAAGUAUGUACUCCGAGCAUGGCUCAGUGGGCGACGCUGCGAUCAUCGAGGAGCAGUCCAAACUACUGAAGUUGCAGGAACAGCUAGAACGUGACUACGAGUGCAACUUCCUGGGUCUCUCAGUCACAGACACGAUUCACAACUUGCUGGUGAUGGGCCAGGCGUCUAAGGCUCUCAAAAUCAAAACCGACUUCAAGAUUUCCGAGCGUAAGUGGACAUGGCUCAAGCUGAAUGCAUACGUUGAGCGUCGAGAUUGGACCGGGUUGAUGGAAUUUGCCACUUCUCGACGGUCUCCUAUUGGCUAUGUACCCUUCUACGAUGCCUGUAUGGCAGCUGGUUCCAAGCGAAACGCCGCCGAAUACAUCACUAUGACUGCUCUAGAUGCUGACGUUGACGAGCGAGUGCAAAUGGCUCUUAAGGCCGACGAUGUGAGCAAGGCCGCUAAGGAGGCGUUUGGAGGCAAGCGAGGAGAUCUUCUGGAGGAACUCGAGUCCAAGGCCUCGGGUGCCACCGUUGAAGAGAUUCAGGGUAUGAUUGAGGAGCUGCGACUUGCUCAGAAGUAA